AUGCGGCAAUCAAUCGACUCUGGGAUCCGAGACCGAUUUAAAAAUGAGCUCUCUUAUCUCCUCUCAUGCAUCGGAACAAAGUUUCCUCGACGAGAAGCGAACAGAUAUGAGCAGCGAAUGAUGCUGACCAUGGACGACCCGGCAGAUUACUUUAUCAAAAUGAGCACCUUGAUUCUGUCUGUGAGGAAAAAGCUGCCAGAUCCAAAUGAGCCGGCUAAAACGAGCUAUGAUUACGGACACGACGCGUUUAUGUUGACAGUAUUGGAGUAUUUUGGAAAACGAUUCGAAUUUUUAAAAAGAUCUAAUUUAGCCGCUGGAAAAUUAGUAGACAAGCUUCUCGAUCCCGCUAUUCCACCUGAUGCUGCUGUUGAAAAAGUCAAGGCAGAAGUAAAAAGACUAUUUUCGCUGCCAACCGAAGUGAAAGACACCCUUAAUUUCCUCCUCAACUAUAAUCUGAAAAACUACGACCUCAACGUCAUCAAUAUCAUUGCUGCUUAUCGAACACGAAUGCUCCCUGGCUUUAGAAGUUUGUGUAAAAAUGAAGUGAAAUCAGCGGCGCUUGAAAUUCCGCCAAAAGCGUUUUUCGUUCCAUUUGAAAUGGCGCUGCUUGCUUAUCAGGAUUUUAUUGAAUACAAGGGAUUUGCGCUUGGUAGGUCGUUGGAUAAUGGAGAAAUGAUUGAUGUUGGGCACUCAGAGAUAAAAGCCAGAUUCCAGUUCAUCCCUUCAGUAAUCGGCCUGGGAAUUGAUGCAGACCAGCCGUUCUCAAUACACCCUCGCACUGCCUUCCGACGUGAAAACUUCCGUUUCUCGCAAAACUACCUCAGCACAGGCCUUACCAUCGAGUAUAAGGGAAGUUUUCGAGGCGCCGUGCUGAUCGGAACCUGGUGGUGCGCGUUCGAUGAGUCAAUGAAUGGCUCGUUUGCUGUUUGGCCGUUGAAUUAUGAAAAUUACUACUGUCCGACUCCAGCACUUGAGGAAAAGAGAGGAGAGAGGAAUGAAAAUGAAGCAGGCAUCCUUUAUGUUGAAAUCAACAAUGAGGAUAUCUCUAAUGUCGCGAAAGUUAACGAACGAAUUUAUAGACACAUCGACAGGGUUGAAGAAGUUGAAAAGAAACAGUUGCUAGAAUAUGACUCAGACGGAGAUACCUUCUCUGAUUGCGUUUCCGAUAUUUACGAAGACGUAGAGGGGGAAGUCCAAACCACGUUUGUCAUUUGUUCCGAUUGCGUUUUAUCGCUGCCGAAUGAAUCGCUCACUGGAAUUCAAUAUUUCAAUUGGGCAAGGAGAUGUUGGAACGAAACGGAAGUCGAACUGCCACUUUUUGACAGCCAGGCGGUCAAAGUAGCUGUUGACAUAAAAGAAGGUCGCAUUCCAGAAACGAUUCAUGAUUAUCUACAGGUCUUUAGUCUUGGAGUAUUUCUACUGGAGCCGAGGGUUAUGGAAAAAGUAAUUGAGACCUUUUGCGAAAACGAAACCGAUCCUGACUUUGCCCUAUAUAUUAUCGGCAUGAAGGAAAUCUUCGAACUGCCCGUAUUCAACACUGAUCGCCUCUACGACUUCAUAGAUGUUCAUUUCACCUCAGCAAUCGAAUCUCGUUUAUGGGUGCAGCUGAGCGAGACUCUUCUCCGCAGGAUCAUUAGAAGGACUACCCUCUAUAUUCUUGACGACCGUGCGAUCAUUUCCGGCGUUAAAAAGUGGCUUGACGCAAAUAUGAGUGACGACGACGAGAACUACUCACGCCUUGUCACGUCAAUGUCGACUUAUGUGACUGAAACGCCCCCGAAAAAUUGGAAAAAUGAUGAGCACUGGUCCUGGCUCAUGGAUGAACUUGGUCUUGAAACGGUGAAGUGCUGGGAUGCACUCUUUUCUGGUGAGAAUGGUUUCAGAUCGAACCCGCGAUUUCCCGAAAAAAUCUUUUUGGUCGCGCGAAAUUCAAUAAACAAGCCGUGUAUCUAUCAACAAAGCCCUUAUUACCAAGAUUUCAACUUCAUUACUGAAAUUCCCGACAUGAACUUUCCCGGCGAUGCUGGCCAUAUGGUGCCUUUACAGUCAGAUUUCGGGACCAUGCUGAUAUUUUUCGGAGGAGAGCUCAAAAAGUCAGUUUGGGCAUAUUCUGUUACGUAUGCUGUGUGGUUUUCGCUCCCUGCUUUGCCAAGAAGGGUGUGGAAUGCGGGAGUUCAAACAGUUCAUCAUCAGAGCGCCGGAGAUUUUAUCUACAUCAUUGGCGGUUACGGCAAGUACUCCGCGGGUGAGGAAGGGCCAGCCAAGGGUAUGGACUUUAUCCGCUUCUCAUGUUCUAAAAUCGAUUGGAAUGAAUAUAUUUCUGACUUCUACAGUUGCCGACACAGCAAGAACUCAGACAGCUGGGAGCACUUCAGCUGUCCAAUUAUCAGAGCAGAGCAUCACACGGGCGCGAACUUGUGCCUGGUGGAUCUCUUUUCGCGAAAAUCGGUUGAGAGGCGCCAAAGAACCAUACGCACACAUAUCAGUUCAGAUGCCCUCUACUUGCUCGUAAUUGGCGGGAAAUAUCCACAUCGAAACGCUUGCAAAAUCUCAUCCCUGGAACCAGACGAGUUGAUCACACUUGUACCACUUGGAACGCACAAAAAGGAUGACCUCGCGAAUCUUGCCACAAACGAUGAAAUUAUCAUUCCAAACAUUCUCCGACGUCCAACAAGCUUGGAGCAAUUGGUGCUGACUGGAAACUUGCCGAUUACGAGAGAAAAUGGAAAAAUGAAAAGAGCCUCGAAAUUCUUCCCUCAACCCUUGGCUACAUCUCAAGAAUCGUCACAGGAUUGUGUCUCUAAGACGGAUGUUUGCUUACUCGCAGAAUAUGCUUUUUUGAAGCAAGUUACAUUCCCUCUUGAAGCAUUUGUCUUUCCAAGUCUAAGCAAUGCGAAAACUCCUACCCUAAACUUCCUCGGAACGCCUCGCUGGGGAGGGGACAGUCUUCUAUUAUCUUACGAUAUUUUCAAUUCAAAACUCGAAGAGCUACGAGAAAUACCCGACUUCAAAGUAUCUCCAAAUUUAUCUGGCCUCCAACAGACGCACUUCUCACUGCUCAAAUCCUUAUUCUUCAAUUACGUUCAUCUUUAA